CACAAUUGAAAGUUUUCUAUUCAAUCUUAAUUGAUUUUUUAUAAUUUUACACAUAAAAGAAAUUACUCUUUGGUGUUAUUAUAAUAUAUAAAAAAUCAUCGGAAAAUCUCUUUUCUUAUAUUCAAUCAGUAGUAGUAAAAAUACAUGCUCAAUGUCUAUUCAUCAUUUCAUUAUUGUUUAAUCAAUUAUGUGAUAGGUUAUUCAAUCGAUUAAUUUAUUAUUUAUGUUGAUUGGUUUGUCUGUAAUCAAUUAAAGAAGAAAACAAAAAAGAAUGAAUAAAAUUUGUUUAUAAAUUUAAAGAAAUGUAUAAUCAUUGUCAUUGGAUUCCAAUUGCAAUGCCAGAGAUGUAUGGAGUUAUAUUUGGUGAACAUGCGGGUCUCAUACAUGCUUGUUCUGAUGCAUUGAGACAGUAUUGUGAAAGCCUUUGGUACUCUGGAUUAGAAUACAAACGUCCGACUCAUGAAGAAAUUUUAGCCAAAUGUGGAAUACUUUUCUAUGGGCAACCAAUACCAGUAAAUAUUCUUUAUGCAUUUUACUAUCAACUGGAAAAUUUAUUCGCUAUGAGUAAAGUAAUUCAUUCCAUUCGUACAGUUAUGGAUUGGUUAGAUGCAACAGAAAAUCAUGCUUCAAGAAUAUUAUCAAUAUAUGAAAUGAAUUCACAGUUAAAUCAUUUUGAAGAAACAUUGGCAGAUCAUUUAAAAGCACUCAAGUUAUGUGAUCGUUUAUUAGAUAAUCUGGGUUCAAUUUAUCAUCGUGUACGUCCUUUAAAAAAAGGACAAACUAUUCUAGCUAGAGCUUUAACAGAUUUUGAAUCAAAACAGAUGAAAUGCAAGGUAUAUAUGAAUCACUUUUAUAGGAUUACAUCCAAUCAAAAUCCUCAUGCAUGGCAGAUAAGUAAUCCCGGACAUGCAAUUCCGUCAUUAUUCCUCGAUGUUUCUACUGAGUUUGGUGAAAAAUUAAUCCUAAAACGACUUCAAAAAAGAUUUGAAGAAUUCCUAAUCAUGUGUCAUGGCCGUGCUCGUCGUCAACUAUUCUCACGUAUUACAAAAUUGCUACAUAAUUCUAAACGUUAUUCAACACUUCCUGCAAUGUUUAAACCAAGUGAUUCUCCAGUUUCUUCAAGCGCUCUCUGUGGCUUAUACUUUCCACGUUCACCUGAUCCAGCCAAACGAUGGCGUCCUUCAAACAAUGCUAAAAUAUUUUCUCGUCAACCAGCCUAUUUGGAUUAUGAAAGUCCUCAAGAAGCAUUACUACCUCAUACAAUCCGAAUAUUAUUGACUCGGUUAAGAAAUUGGUUACAUCAGUUGCCUCCUCCUGGUGUGAUUAUGGAAAGUUCAAAGUUGUCAACAUUUAAUUCAAAUAAAUGUCAACAAAAUAACAUUAAUUUGAUCCAAGGAAGUAAUGUAGUUAAUGAACUGCGUAAAUGGUGGAAAUUCACUCAUAAAACAGUUGAAAAUCGUGAUCAAUUGGAAAAAAUAGUUGCCGAUGCUACUUUUAUAAAAAAACUGAAUGAUAUUAUGCAAACAAAAAUUAAUACUGAAGUGGAAAAACAUAGAAAACAAUAUGAAUCAAAUAAAAAUUUGACUAAUUCAAGCACGUUUGAAAGCCAUCCAAAGCUUACAAAGGCCCUUGUGGAUGAACUACUCUCAAGAAUAGGAGCCCAAUUUUAUCACCCACGAUCUGGACAACUAUAGAAGUACUCAACGUAUAAUGGAUGGUAUUGAUAUAGCAUUACCUUAUACAUUUCCUGGAGUACAAUUAUUUGACAAACUAAUUAAAGAUGAUUAUAAAUUAAGAUCUUAUUUGAAAGAAAUAUGAACUUAUUCAUAAACAUUAAACGCUUAUUAUUUCUCAUAUUCAUAAAAAUCAUAAUUCUUCAACACAAGAUGAUAAUAUUUCAAUGAAUCAUGACAAUACUUUCUCAUCAAAUUCUUAUACAUUUAAUAUUCAAAAUCAUCGUCAUUAAUUCCAAUCACAUAAAAUCUAACUGUUUUACUUAUAUUUUCAAUAAUAAAACUUAAUAGUAGUAUAUAUAGUUAGUAGUAUAUAUAUAAUAAAUGUAAAAUUUAUAUAUGAAAUGAUAUACAAUAUAGACAAACCUGUUCAUGAAUAAUUUUUGAAUGAUGAUUAUUAUUUAUUGGUACAAUGAUUUCUGUAAAUGAUACAAUUGGUGAUAUUGUACUAAUUGGUAAUGAUUGAUUAUUGAUAGAAUUGAAAGGAUAUUGAUUAAAUGGAAUCAAUGGUGUUGAAUAAUUUCUAGAAUGAUUGAGUUUCAAUUGUUGAUUAUUAAUAAAAUCUUUAGGUUUAUGAUCUAUAUUAUCAGUAGUUUUAGUAAUAUUGAAUAAAUUUUUAUGAUGU